AUGCCGUCCGUUAUACGCCUCGCCGCCCUUGAGAAGGCCUACGCCGCUAAGGCGGCUAAGAACAAGCCUGCCCUGCUCUUGGCCACCCCCUCCAAGUCUAGCGUUGGCGCUAGUAAGAAGACCCCCGCCACGCCCAAGACCCCCGCCGCGCCGAAGACCCCCUCCAAGCGUGUAGCGCCCCCUAAGAAGGCUAAGAAGGCUAAGAAGGUGGAGAGUGAGGAGGAGGACAAGGAUGAGGAUAAGGAUGAGGAGGAGGCUGCUUUGGGCUUUGACCUAGAUGCGCUAGCGCGUAGUGUAGCUAUGGCGGUGCUCGCUAUGCUUACCCCUAAGAAGAAGAAGGGCGGUCUCAGGAGCUCGAGGGCUUCGCAAUACUUGGAGACCACCUAA